UCUGGUCGACCCUAUCGGUGCCUCCCUCAAAAACUGCCGUCGCCGUCACUGCUGUCGCGGGCCUCGCUGUGUUUGCUGCCGUUUUCUUCUCAACUACUAGGUAAAAUGAAAUUUUUAUGAAAGAAAGGAAACUGAUCUAUCAUUCAAUGCUUAACGGUAAAAGUAAUUUCCGAAAACCCUAGUAACGGUAUGUAAUAGGACUAGUUGAUAUGAAUCAAAUUCAAAUAGAUGAGAGCUAUUAGGCGAAGUCAGACUUCAUCUUCAUCUCGAAUUUCGCCCUCACCCUCCUCGUCAUCGUCUUCUUCGUGGAUUAAUUUGCGUUCGCUUCUAUUCGUUGUUACUUCUUCACUAGUUUCUUGUUCUUCCUCUGAUCGUGGUCGUCUCAGAUCACCCUGGUCGCGCUGUAGAAAGAAACAAGCCCUCUCGCCUCAGCAAUGGAGAAGUUUGUUUACACCUGAUGGCCGACUCCAGGAUGGUGGGGUCAAGUUCUUGAAGGAAGUUCGCUCUAGAGGUGUUGAUCCCAGUAUUAGGGCAGAGGUCUGGCCCUUCCUCCUUGGUGUCUAUGACUUAAACAGUUCCAAAGAAGAAAGAGAUGCUGUUAGAAUUCAGAAAAGGAAAGAGUAUGAAAAACUCCGCAGAAAGUGUCGACGGAUCCUAAGACAUGGCAGUGAGAAUUGUAAGUUAUCUGAAACUGGUGGAACUUGUCAAAAUGGAGACGGUGGAAGUCUUAUUCAGGAGAUGGACACAUCUAGCUCUGAAGAUGUUGUUAGUGCCGGAGAAUCUCUCUCUAUUGAGGAAAGGAACCCGGAUGCUGAGUUUUCUGAUGAACCAUCCAGUACAUUGUUGACAAAUGAUGAUGUGUCAACACUGAACUCGUCAGACUCCGACUCUUCAGAAGACCCUGAAGCGACUGAGGGUUCCCACUCUUUGGAUGGUAGAGAGGAGAAUGAUCCUGAUAUUGCUUCAGAAAGGAAUGUUCCUGUCUCUAGCACUGAAGGGGUAUCAAAGCUGCGGGCAACUGAAGACUUUUCCACCUGGCAGCGAAUCAUUCGUCUCGAUGCUGUUCGUGCCAAUGCUGACUGGAUGCCGUACUCUCCUUCUCAGGCUUCAGUGCCAGAUGGAAGGGCACGCCAUGCCGCUGAGGCUGUUGGUUUAAAGGAUUAUGAUCACCUAUACCCCUGCAGAAUUUUCCAUGCUGCACGUUUGGUUGCUAUCCUGGAAGCUUACGCACUUUACGACUCUGAAAUCGGCUACUGCCAGGGCAUGAGUGAUCUCCUUUCUCCAAUAGUUUCAGUCAUCCCCAAAGAUUACGAGGCAUUCUGGUGUUUUGUAGGUUUCAUGAAGAAAGCUCGACAUAACUUUAGGCUCGACGAGGUCGGAAUCAGAAGGCAACUCAAUAUCGUUUCCAAGAUAAUCAAAUGCAAGGACUCUCAACUUUACAGGCAUUUGGGGAAGAUGCAGGCAGAGGAUUGCUUUUUCGUUUACAGGAUGGUGGUUGUCCUUUUUAGGAGGGAAUUGACAUUCGAACAGACAGUGUGCCUUUGGGAGGUAAUGUGGGCGGAUCAGGCAGCCAUUAGAGCCGGGAUUUCGAAGUCGGCGUGGAGCAGAAUGAGGCAGAAGGCACCACCAACGGAUGAUUUGUUGCUGUAUGCAAUUGCAGCUUCGGUGUUGCAGAGGAGGAAAUGGAUCAUUGAGAAGUACAGCAGCAUGGAUGAGAUUUUGAGGGAGUGCAACAGUAUGGCCGGGCAACUUGAUGUAUGGAAACUCCUCAACGAUGCGUAUGACUUGGUGGUAACUCUUCAUGACAAGAUCGAGUCGUCCUUUUGAUCCACUCCCCAGAAUUUUUGUCCUCAAUUUGGUAACAAUUAAUAAUAUU